AUGGGUAAUGAUGAGGUCUGGCACGACCAUGGCAGUAAUAAAAACAUUGUGAGAAGAGAGGUAAACAGGGAACUGAGAAGCCAGGGGAAUGGAGGGACAAUCUACUUAACCAGCACCACCACUGACUCCAACUCCAAGUACUUCACAACCAAUAAAAAAGGAGAAAUCUUUGGAUUAAAGGCUGAACUCGACAAUGAAAAGAAGGAAAAGAGAAAGGAGGCCGUGAAGAAAGUGAUUGCGGGGAAGGAUGUUAGCUCUCUCUUUCCAGAUGUAGUGAACUGUAUGCAGACUGACAACCUAGAACUAAAGAAUGUGUAUCUCUACUUGAUGAACUAUGCCAAGAGUCAGCCAGACAUGGCUAUCAUGGCUGUCAACAGCUUUGUGAAGGACUGUGAAGAUCCCAAUCCUCUGAUUUGGGCCUUGGCAGUCAGAAAUGGGUGCAUCUGGGUGGACAAGAUUACAGACUAUCUCUCUGAGCCCCUCGCAAAGUGCUUGAAGGAUGAAGAUCCCUACAUUCAGAAAACAGCAGCAGUCUGCAUGGCAAAACUCCAUAAUAUCAAUGCCCAAAUGGUGUAAGUUCAAGGAUUUCUGGAUUCUCUGUGGGAUCUCAUAGCAGAUUCAAAUCCAGUGGUGGUGGCUAAUGCUGUAGCAGUAUUAUCUGAAAUCAGUGAAUCUCACCCAAACAGCAACUUACUUGAUCUGAACCCACAGAACAUUAAUAAGCUGCUGACAGCCCUGAAUGAGUGCAUUGAAUGGGGCCAGAUUUUCAUCCUCAACUGCCUGUCCAAUUACAACCCUAAAGAUGACCAGGAGGCUCAGAGCAUCUAUGAGCAGGUAACUUCCCGGCUAUAUCAUGCCAACUCAGCAGUGGUGCUUUCGGCAGUAAAAGUCUUAAUGAAAUUUCUAGAGUUGUUACCCAAGGACUCUGACUGCUAGAAUAUGCUGCUGAAGAAGCUGGCACCUCCACUUGUCACUUUGCUGUCUGGGGAGCCAGAGGUGCAGUACGUCGCCCUGACGAACAUCAACCUAAUUGUCCAGAAAAGACUUGAAACCUUAAAGCAGGAAAUCAAAGUCUUCUUUGUGAAGUAUAAUGAUCCCAUCUACGUUAAACUGGAGAAGUUGGACAUCAUGAUUCAUUUGGCAUCCUAAGUCAAUAUUGCUCAGGUUCUGGCAGAGCUGAAGGAAUAUGCCACAGAGGUGGAUGUUGACUUUAUUCACAAAGCUGUGCGGGCCAUUGGAUGGUGUGCCAUCAAGGUGGAGAAAUCUGCAGAACGUUGUGUAAGCACGUUGCUUGAUCUUGUCCAGACAAACUAUGUGGUCCAAGAGGUGACUGUUGUCAUCAGGGACAUCUUCAGCAAGUACCAAAACAAGUAUGAAAGUAUCAUUGCCACUCUGUGUGAGAACUUAGACUCCCUGAAUGAGCCAGACACACAAGUAGCUAUGAUUUGGAUUGUGGGAGUAUAUGCUGAACAAACUGACAAUGCAGAUGAGUUACUAGAGAGCUUUCUGGAGGGUUUUCAUGAUGAGAGCACCCAGGUGCAGCUCACUCUGCUUACUGCCAUAGUGAAGCUGUUUCUCAAGAAGCCAUUAGAAACUCAGGAGCUGGUACAGCAGGUCUUGAGUCUGGCAACACAGGAUUCUGAUAAUCCUGAUCUUCGAGAUAGGGGUUAUAUUUAUUGGUGGCUUCUCUCAAUGGACCCUGUUACAGCCAAAGAAGUAGUCUUGUCUGAGAAGCCACUGAUCUCUGAGAAGACAGAUUUUAUUGAGCCAACUCUGUUGGAUAAUCUAAUCUGCCACAUUGGUUCUUUGGCCUCUGUGUACCACAAGCCUCCCAAUGCUUUUGUGGAAGGAAGACACAGAAUCCAUCACAAAUACUUGCUAGUACAUCAUGAGAGCACUGAUGCAGGUGACAGUCCUGUUGGCACCACCACUGCCACCAAACUGGAACAGACUCAGGUUAUUCCCUCUCAAGGUGAUCUUCUAGGGAACCUUUUAAACCUUGACCUCAGUCCCCCAGUCAAAGUGCCACAGGUAUCCUCCAUGCAGGUGGGAGCAGUGGAUCUCUUGAGAGGAGGGCUAGAUAGUCUGCUUGGCAGUGACCUUGGUGGGGGCAUUGGAGGAAGCCCGGCAGUGGGACAAUCCUUCAUUCUGUCAUCAGUGCCUGCAACCUUUGCUCCUUCACCUACUCCUGCUGUGGUCAGCAGUGGUCUGAAUGAUCUGUUUGAACUCUCUACAGGGAUAGGCAUGGCACAUGGUGGUUAUGUGGCUCCUAAGGCUGCCUGGCUGCCUGCAGGGCACAUAUAUAUGGAAAUGAACUUCACCAACAAAGCUCUGCAGCACAUGACAGACUCUGCAAUCCAGUUUAACAAGAAUAGCUUUGGUGUCAUCCCCAGCACUCCUCUGGCCAUCCAUACACCACUGAUGCCAAAUCAGAGCAUCGAUGUCUCCCUCCCUCUCAACACCUUGGGCCCAGUCAUGAAGAUGGAGCCUCUGAAUAACCUACAGGUGGCUGUGAAAAACAAUAUUGAUGUCUUCUACUUCAGCUGCCUCAUCCCACUCAAUGUGCUUUUUGUAGAAGAUAGCAAAAUGGAGUGUCAGUUCUUCCUUGCAACAUGGAAGGAUAUUCUCAAUGAAAAUGAACUUCAGUUUCAGAUUAAGGAAUGCCAUUUAAAUGCUGACACUGUUUCCAGCAAGUUGCAAAACAACAAGGUUUAUACUAUUGCCAAGAGGAAUGUGGAAGGGCAGGACAUUCUGUACCAGUCUCUGAAGCUCACUAAUGGCAUUUGGAUCUUGGUUGAGCUAUGUAUCCAUGAGAGAAUACUGUCACUGAAGUGUAAAGCCCCUGAAGUCUCUCAGUACAUCUAUCAGGUCUAUGACAGCAUUUUUAAAAACUAA